UUAACACGCAAUGCACAAUGUUUAAGUUAUUAAUCUCGGUAAAAUAAUAACAUAUAAGGUGAAAAGGGAGUCAAUUGAGCAGCGUAUAUGAUAUGUUAUUGACGCGGUAAAUACUACAUGAACUGUUUAACCUAAUCAAUCAAUGCUAAUCCUUCAACCUAGUCGCGUGCUUUCAUGGUGCCUAUUAAUUCCAUCAAAAAUACGCACCGAAAUUAGCAAUUCCAACCACGUCUGCACUAUUUCCCGUGCCAAGUAUGCUUCGCUUAUCAAUAGGCAGUUGUAAGCCCACCUCUAGUUCUCCCACGAUCGUGCACUUUGCGUUUGUUAGGUUUUUUGUUUUGGUAAUAAUUCACACCACCAAUCAAAUGUCCGCGCGGCAAAUCUAUCAGCGGCUACGACUCAGAUUGAACCAGUAGAACAUCAAUGACUUGUUUGAUUAGAAAUGCUGUUCACGGCAAUCAUCACACUUUUCUCAACCUUGAAACAGAUUCUCAAGCGCGUGAGUCGGUCGCCUUCUGAUCGAGGCAACGCACUACAAGCACCGUGAUCGAGUUACAGUUCAAUAAUCCAAUAAAAUUCAUUGACACUUAGGCCUACAUAUCCACGCUGCAGCACAUAUUAGGUUGUAAUUUAUAUUUUGGCAAAUUUUGUCCCCAUUUUGCGUUCGCACACAGGAAGGACGAUCUGAUAGCAGCGGGCCUCGAGUAAUGGAAUGCUCUGCGACGAGAGGGUGUGCGAUAAGGCGACUGAGUUUCGAUCGUCAAUUGGUGGCGUUCAGUCAAGAGAAGUGCGCUGGGCGGUGAAGAUCGAGACCAGCCAAUUAAAUUUGAGGUUCUGCUGCGAAUAGAGAAAGUGAGACUUUCGAUCUCGGAAUAGAAAUUUAGUCAGUAUCAUGAGAAGUGGUGAAGUUUACUAGAGAACUGUGCUGAGAAUUGUUCUGUUAAAAAUGACCUAUAAGUGGUCCACUAGUUUGUGGGUUAUCGUUGGAUUUUGCUUGAUCCAAACGACGAUUGGUUUGAUGAAAGGCGAGCUUGAAAAUGAAGCUCUCCAGGCCCCCGAAAAUCACAUCAGUGGAGAUGCUACUUCCAUAGAUCAAUCAAAUCGCAGACUAGACCGUCCAUUGCAGCGACGAAAGGCUUUCCGAGUGGUGCAGGCCGAUCUCCAGAAAAGGCAUUUGGAUCUCAAUCUAUUACGAAAAAAGCGGUUCGUCAGCGUUAUGCUGAACCCUUUUUCGGUGAGAAAAAAUAAAACAUUGCAAGAGUGUACAACUCCAUCAGGAGAGAAGGGUUACUGCAGACGUUACCAACAUUGUAAAACUAUGGGUUCCAACGAUAAUCUAUGGAAGCUGCUGGGACAGCUGUGUGUCAUCGAAAACAUAUCCAUAGGAAUCUGUUGCCCCGAGAAUGCAGGCGAUGGAGUGGGUCCAGAGUUUUCCCUAAGACUUCCAUCGCAAGCCGAUGAUUACGACGCCGUAGAUGGCAUGGAUGGGGACAACUCCGUAGAUGGUCGAGACAGUCGUGAUCGACCGGAAGAACGUGGCUGUGGAAUAUCUACGAAGCAGCUUUCGAAGAUAGCUGGAGGGCGACCGGCAGAUCCAGGAGAGUGGCCUUGGAUGGCAGCACUGGUCCCAAAUAGUGGACAGCAACAGUUUUGCGGAGGAGUUCUAAUCACCGAUCGACACGUGCUGACGGCAGCGCAUUGUGUGCUGAAUCUUAAGAUCCAUCAGUUUCUGGUGCGAUUGGGGGAAUACGACUUCACGCAGUACAAUGAAACAAGGUCGAGAGAUUUCCGGGUGACGGAGAUUCGAAGCCAUGUAGAUUUCGAUCCCGUCAGCUAUGAAAACGACAUUGCCUUGUUGAAAUUAUUCAGACCUUCGUACUUCAACUCCUACAUCUGGCCAAUUUGCAUGCCUCCGUUGGAUGACACUUGGGACGGCUAUCGAGGAGUGGUUGUUGGCUGGGGAACGCAAUUCUUCGGAGGACCUCAUUCUAAGGUGCUGAUGGAGGUUUCGCUGCCAAUUUGGUCCAACAGAGACUGCCAGGAUGUGUAUAUCAACAGGAUCUUCGAAUCGAGUAUUUGUGCCGGGGAUUAUGGUGGCGGAAAGGAUUCCUGUCAGGGAGACAGCGGUGGCCCUUUGAUGCUUCAACUUCCAAAUAAUCGUUGGGUCGUGGCUGGAGUCGUUUCCUGGGGAAUCCGUUGUGGAGAAGCUAAUCAUCCUGGAAUAUAUACUCGGAUAAGCUCGUAUGUUAGAUGGAUCAUUGAAAAUGCUGUGUUUUAAACUACGUUUGUUAAAAUUGGCCAUAGUUCGACUAAAACGUCGCAAGAUUUAAGCAGAAGUGGUAUUUGAUCAAUAUUAUUGAACAGAAGUUUUUUGUCAUCAGUUGUUUAAUUAACUAUUGUCGCAUUCUAUGUAAAAUAACAGAAAAAUGAUUAUUUGCGUAGAAUUAAAUACUCAGAGCAAUGCAAAAGGCCAUUUGAUGCAAUUUUCAGUAAUCCAUGACCGAGAAGAAGAACUUUGUUAGAGGCCACCCUCUAAUCUAUAAAAUGCAUUUAUCUCCUAUUCGUGUUAAGAACCAAUAAAAAAAUGUAAUUUGAUCGAACAGUAA